AUGCCAUUUGACACUCUGCUGAUCAAGAGUAAGAAGGCAGCCCCUGUGGUCCUCAUGCUCAAUUCCCCUGAAGAGGUUUUGGCUAAAGCUUGCUAAGCCAUCCACAAAUUUGCAGGGAAAGGUGAUGAAAACAGGAGCUCUCUGCUGGGGCUGGGGACAGUGGAGCCUCUGUCUCACCUCAUAUCCCACGAAGACAAGCUGGUCCACCGCAACGCCUUCAUGGCCCUGGGGGUCAUGGCUGCCAACAGUGAUGUAAAACAAAUUCUGAAGGAACUGGAUGUCAAUGCUUCUGUAAUCGGGAAAGCUGUCACAAGAAAGUAUGCUCUGGCUGAGCAGCAUGUGGUGGUCCAUGAGUUGUGCCUGGCCUCCCUGUUGGGCUUCAACUGUAAGGUCCAGAUCUCGAACCAGGAAGGACUAGAGCCGCUCAUACAGCUGCUAUCAAGCCCUGACCCUGAAGUCAAGAAGAACUCUGAGGAGUCUAUCUACAACCUGGUGCAGGACCUCCCCAGCCGCGUGUCUAUGCAUGAGAUAAAUGGCGCUCCUCUUCUUUAGCUGUUGAGAUCUGAUUUCCCGGUCAUUCAGCAGCGCCUGAGGACCCCGGCAAGCGUAACCAUGGAUAACAACACACAGGUCACCUUCAGGGAGAAGCAGGGCUUUGACAGGCUGCUGGAGUUCCUCUGCAACAAGUCGUUCAGUGAUCUGCAUGUAGCAGCUCUCCAGGUGGUCUCUAUCUGGUUGGAGGACAGAGACCGUCUCCAACUGAUCCAUGAGACUGGAGGUCUCCAGAGGUUACUGCAGUUCAUCACCACUCCCAACCUGCUGGACAUUCAGACACACGUUGUCAAGGCCAUCUCCAGGGUGGCUCAGAGCUGCAAGGGCUAA